UUGCUUUCAGUCUCAUCACUCCUGAAAUCUCGCAGCAGCUUGUUACCUGAGGAACAAAGACUUCAGCCUCACCUGAUAGGAUCUACUGCCUUUGAGGAAACCAGAAAGCAAACCAAGAAGUAGAGAUGGGAAAGCUCCUUUUUGCUGCUGUUGUGGCCAUCGCAUCCUUUGCUUUGGUGGAGUCUCUGACGUGCAACCAAUGCUCCAUCAGUCUCCUCGGCUUCUGCCUGAGUAGUAGCCAACCCACUUGUGCCGCAAACGAGACCUGUUACACAGAGAAGUUCUAUUUUCCAGCCCUCACAUCUUUCAAGGGUGUGAUCAGGCAGGGCUGCAGGGCUAAUGACACUAUCUGUGGCAUCAGCAACUCGUCAACAAUCCUGAGCGUCCAAAUCAAAACUGACGUAGCCUGCUGUGAUACAGAUAAAUGUAACACCGUGGACCUCACAGGUGCUGCACCAGACCUGAAGAUGACGUUCCUUGUGACCAUGGUUGGAGCCGCCAUGGCCUCCAUGUGGGGAAGCUUUUUGUAAUGGAAUUACAGACAGUAUCCACUGCUCUUCACUACUCCUACUUAUUUGAUUAAUGUUACAAAGAAACAAAUCCAAAUCUUGUCCUUAAACAGCUUUUAUCCUUCCAUCAUGUAACUUAAAAUUAGAUGAAGGUUCAGAUUAUUAUGGAAGUUGAACAAUGGGAUGUUUCGUCGAAACAUUGAGCUUAAUUUUCCAUUAUACUGUUUUGUGACUUGUUUAAUUAAAUGUAAUUAGUCCACUAACUCCUUUAUGUAUUAUCUGACAAAUUUGCCAAUGGCAAAAUAAAGAAAAUAUCUGGAAAAAACUGUG